CAUUCCACAUCAAACAGACACCAUGGCAGAUAAUGUCGACGAGUUUGAGCCCUGCAAGAACUCCAUGGCCUCCGGUGUCAGCACCCCCACCCUUGCCACAGACAAUGAAUCUGCAAAGUUAGCCGGCGACGAGCCCCCCUUCGCGGAGAUCCAAGCCAAGGUCGCCACUUACACUGUCCUCGACCGUGACGGGCAGCCACACCAAUACUCGACCCUCUCCAGCGGCCCAGAUGCAGCCCCCCGCACUCUCGUCGUCUUCAUCCGCCAUUUCUUCUGUGGAAGCUGCAAGGAAUACAUCGAGGUCCUCUCCAAGACCAUCACCCCAGAGUUUCUAUCCCAACUAAGCACUCCUACCUCGGUGGUAGUUGUGGGGUGCGGCGACCCAGGCCUAAUCGACAUCUACGCAAAGGAGACAGGCUGUCACUUCCCCAUCUACGCGGACCCCACCCGCAAGCUCUACGAGCAACUGGGGCUGCUCUCGUCGCUGGCUCUCGGCGAGAAGCCCGAGUAUAUCCAGAAGAGCAUGGUGCAGAUCGUGGCCGAGUCGUUCUGGAAGACGCUGAAGCAGCUCCCCAGUGGGUUGGCGCUCAAGGGAGGCGAUUCGCGCCAGAAUGGCGGCGAGUUCCUGUACGAGGCGAGUCCCGAGGGGGGCGAAGAGAGACGCGUGGUGUGGUGUCAUCGCAUGCAGAAUACGCGGGACCACACUGAGGUGGCAAUCCUAGCCAAGAUCUUGGAACGGAAGGGGUGAGUUGGUUGUAGUGGUGAGGGUGUGGGGCUUGGGGCUGGCUGUGAGAUGGAUGCGAUUUGUAUCACUCACAACCACCUUUUGAUGACAUCAAGCUUCUGCUUGUCAAUGAUCCUACUUGUAAUUGAAUGUCUACUCGAAUGUCCUGCAGGUAAAACAUAGGUAAUUUUGACAAUAAAUUGCAUCACCCAUCAA